AUGAAGGAACGGCCCUGCACGCGCUGUAUAAAGCGAAACAUCGGCCACCUGUGCCAUGACGAGCCGAGGGAAACUGCAAAACGAGGACGCGGCGAACACGAACAUUCUGCUGCAGACGACGAGGGCUCGUCUAACAAUGAAUUGGGCUCCGUUCAAGGCAUGCCUAGGAGUGUCGAUGUCGCCGAUGCUGCUGGUCAGCAAUCUUUCCCUGAUACCACGAUCGGAAUUGCACCCUCAGCUGUGAACCCUCCUUCAACGGUACCGCCUGGCAAUCUUUCUGCAUCUAGUCAGGGCCUCGAGCCUAACUCUCAGCUCAUGCAAUAUACCGACUGGGUAGGUGGUGGUCAGAAUCAGUUCCAGGAUAUGCAUUCUCUCCACCCGUCAUACAUGUUUAAUGCCCAUGAGGUGACCAACGAGUACAAUCUGCUCGGAGAUUUCCUCAGUAACAGUCUCUUGGACGAUGGAGCGAUGUUCCAAAAUCAAGACAUGCAGGGGAUCUACACCGAUUCAUCCUUGAUGAAUUCGAUGAAUGGUAUGGCGCUACCAAACGGGUUGCCUCCUCCGGCACAACUUCCGGCACCAGCACAAAACCAAGUACCGCCAGGGGACUCCAUUCAACGACCAACCUCCACGGUGGGCAAUGACAAAGCUCGGGAAACAUACUACAUGACUGCCGCCGACCCAGCAGGAACUGACCCACCAGAGGAGCGAAUGAACAAGCUUCUCAAAGCGAAAUAUGACGCCGGUUUACUGAAACCGUUCAACUAUGUCAAGGGAUAUGCACGAUUGAACCAGUAUAUGGAAAAGAACAUGCAACAAAUAUCUCGGCAAAAGAUUCUGCGGCAGCUCGAUAAAUUCCGGCCUAAGUUCCGAGAACGCAUGCAAAGCUUGACUGAUAUCGAACUGAUUCUGGUGGAGAUGUGGUUCGAGCGGAGUCUCAUGGAGUACGACCGCGUUUUUGCAAGUAUGGCUAUCCCGGCCUGCUGUUGGCGUCGAACGGGCGAGAUCUUCCGAGGAAACAAUGAGAUGGCACAGCUGAUUGAUGUCCCGGUUGAGGGUCUACGAGAUGGCAAACUUGCUAUCCACGAGAUCAUUGUCGAAGACCAAUUGGUCAGCUAUUGGGAAAAAUUCGGCGCUAUCGCCUUCGACAAUACCCAAAAGGCCAUGCUCACCAGUUGUACGCUGAAGAGUCCUAACCCUAACUCCACAGGCGAUGGUAUUACCUGCUGCUUUUCGUUUACAAUCCGACGAGACAAUCACAACAUCCCGUCUCUCAUCGUUGGAAACUUCCUCCCCAUCGAUAAAUAG